UGGCUCUCUCCACCCCUCUCGUCAUCUCAUUCGGCGGACUCGACUGCGGCGCAGAACGAAGGCAGAACUGAAUAUCACACUCCAGAGCGUCUACAUAUUGGAGAAGGGUUCAAGUAGCAUAAGCCGUCGAGUUUCCGCACACGGGCGUCGACAUCUGCUGGGCAGGAGAAGCCGUGCAUUCGAAUGAAAGCCAAUCGGGCAUAAAAAUGCACUUUCUAGAACUCUGCUAUGAAAGAGAAGCCGUUCCCAGAUGCAAUGAAGGCUGAUCGACUUCGUGAACCAAAGGGAAUUCUCCCGUUGGAACGCGAGCCCGACGAGGUUAGUGCUUUUUACGAGACCGAAGCCUUUUAGAAAUUGGCGGCGGUACAUACAUAUGUGUGCGAGUCGUAAAUGAUGGGUUCACGCAUAAGAUGCGUUUCUCCCUUCUCGUUAUCCUGUCCACCGUCUGGCUCGUGUGUUCCGUGAAGGUGGGAGCAACGCAAACACCUCGAUGCGAGCCUUCGUUCUGCCAUGGCACCAAAAAUAGCCCACAUCAUCAUGACUAUCUAUGCGGUGAUGAACGACUGGGUCCCAAGCAUCUUCCUAACACAUCACACUGGGGCCAACUCCUAUACGGCUACAAACGAUUUGACGGUCUUUGCCCAGCCGAGUUCCUGGCCAAGUGGUACAGAGACGGAGAAUAUCGGCUCCCACGCGCUGACGGCUUCCAACAAUCGACAAAACGCAAGCCGAUUGCGGAAGACCAGGUUCUGGAUCGGGGGAUGCUCGUGGAUUGUUUUGGAACCUUGUACGAAACAUACCUGUCACCCGCCGGAACACCGUUCUCUCUCCGCGCCCUUCCACCGUCGAGUCUCAACACGCCCACGUACGACGAUAUCGCCCUGUACAAUUAUCGCAUCUUCAGAGUCGAGUACCCAUUUGUGGUCAAGUCUGGACCAACGGCCCCCUUCUACGAACAGCCUGGCCAAGGCACAGUGUAUCGGACGACUGCUACGAUAGAUAUGCUCAUCAGCGGUGGUUUCCUAGCCAGGGUGGGAUGAAUUCAGGGAGCGUUUCAGUCACCUACACAGUUCUUGUUGUCGUUUCUGGAAAUGCUCUUUCACAACACCAACAUUCGAUACGACGUAAGUAGUGCCGGGCGGUGCUGGGAAUUUCUUCUGCGCAGUCAGCGCAGCAUCCUGCUCCCUUGCCGCUAUCGCGGAAAGAACUCCUCUGGAUUCUCUGCCACAGACAUUCAGGAGAGCAUCGUCGGUGUCAUUGAUUUCCAUGUUAUAUUCUAGCCGUCCGAAAGCAGAUCAAAGCCGAUCGACGGAGAGAACCAAACGACUGGCGCAACGCGUAGCGGAGUAGCCCAAUGGCAGACUGAUCACUCGGAUGAUGAAGGCAAAGUAAGCACUUCGCUUUACUCUUAUGAUAUGAGCGGGUUCCUGCGCUUGCCCUUUUACCCUGUAUGGGCUCAGAGCCAUAAAUGGGGUGGUUUAGGCGAAGGCACUUGCAAGAGAAAACGAGCAGUCCACGCAUUCUGUGCUAUUUGCCAACACUGCGGAUCGGGAUCGCGGUAGGAGAGAAUGAGGUACCUGAUCCGGCUCACCACUCUCUCACAACAGUUAGUGGGCCAAUUCAUCGGCUAGAACUCUAACGGCGUUAGAGGCAUCGAGUGCCCCAUAUGCGUCAUAGAUUCCGGAGAGGACAAUUACAGACCCCAGUUGUGUCCGGACGGCAUAGUAUGCUAAUCUAAAAGACAGACUGAUAUUCAACCACUGGAUCUGGCUUAAUCUGAGAUGGAGAGUAUCCGUACUGCCAUCCUGGUCCAUCAAGGGGGAUUCCAAAGGCUACCAAAACCCAAUGCCGUAAGUAAUCUUUAUCCAAGCGUUAGGAUCGGGAAGUCGAAACGUGAACUUUGAUCCGAGCCUCUGAAAGUCCGAGACCAGAAACAAGCCGGAACGACAGGCAAUGUAUAAAUAGGAAUGGGCUUGGUCUGUGCAUGAUAUGAGUCUCAUAUCCAGUCCUUUUGAGCACGCAUCAGCAUUGGCGUUAGCCGCCUAGUGAUAGCCUGCCUGCGAAUUGCGUUGACGAGGUUGACGAAAACUCCCGUCUUUUCCGUGGAAGAGAAUCAAGGACCGAAAAAUGACAAGCUGAGAAAUUCAAGCCAGUCUCAAACAGAGUUUGAAUUAUACAUCCAAGGCAAACAGUUUCGGGGAGAAUGGGAGCGUGGGAGCAGAAAUGUCAACAUGAUUGACAUUGACAGUGAUCAACCCGUCAUCGAGGAAGGACACGUGAUCUACCGCUCUUUUCAUGGACGUUGCGUCGCUGCUGCAAGACUCCCCGUCCGACAGGCGGCCGCUCAAGCAGGAGUCCCGUCCGGACCCACGAGAUCGUGAACAGCGUCCCGACUCUCGCGACCGUGACCCGCGCGAUCAACGCGCAUGGCCCGCGCAACCUCCACCCCCACCCCCCUUGCAAAAGCAGUCAUGGCCGCCGGCGCCAUCAUCGCAUCCACAGCCCCCGUACCCGUAUCGCGAGUCUUACCCACGCCAGCCGCCGCCUCAGUCCCCGAGUGCGGCAUCGGGUGUCCCUGGAAGUCCCAAUUCUGCGCCUUACAUGCCAGGCAGACACGGUCACCUCUAUCCCUCCGAGACGCCUCCUGCUGGCGGGGGAGCACCAGCUCCUCCUGGAAGUGCUGGAGGAGCAUAUUCAGAGCCAUCACCGAUGUAUGCGCCGAUGGGCGCACUGAGGCAGCCGGGCCCGCCGCCGAGGGAGCACAAGGAGCGUGAAAGCAGAGACAGGGAACGAGAUAGAGACAGGGAGAGGGAACGAGAGCGAGAAAGAGAACGGGACAGGGAAAGAGAACAAAGGGAAAGGGAACGUGAUCCGCGCGAUUAUGUGCCCCACAUGCAUGGACACCCAACCCAUCCAGGACCCCCAGGGUGGCAACAGGGCCCUCCCCCGCCCCAUUCCGCCGGCCCUCCUCCUUCUUCCGGGCCCCACGUUCAUUCUCACCACUCGCAUCCACACUCGCAGCCUUCGGGACCGUUCUUGCUCAAUCCACCGUCUCCGAGAAUGUAUCACGCCUCAACUCCGAGAAGCCAUCCUCUGCCGCCUCAACAGCCAAAUCAACGCACAUUCCAAGGACAGUUCCACACCUCCUUCGUCCCCGUCCGGGAGUCGUCUCCUCCGCGAAAAGCGCCUCCCACCGCCCCCAAACGCGAACGCGAGCGAGAGCAAAGGGAGAGAGAGCGAGAACGAGAGCGCGAUCGCGAGCGAACGGAGCGCGAACGUGACCGAGGGAAAGAUCGAGAAGUGGACAGAGAACGCGAAGCGGCGGGCUACGCGUGGGGCACGCCUGCCACCCCGGUUCAUGCCCCGGUUCCCGGCCAUCCUGCACACAUGCAUGGUCGUGGGCUGGAGAUGGACUGGGAACCACAGCAUUCUCGCUCUGAUUCCAUAACCUCCCCUUCUCAAGCGGCAACUAGCCAGUAUCCCGCGACUGUUCCGGUUCAGCCACCGGAACCUCCUGAACGUCUUUUCCGCGCCAAGAGAACUGUCUCGUUGGGUACAUAUGUGUAUCCCACCACACCAUUCCCGUGGAAAUUUGUUGAAAACGCAGAAACCCUCUUUUCGCGGGAUGCCGAGGUUGAGAUCGACGCCAAGAAGGAGAAAGCGGAGAAAGACAGACAGGAUAGAGAGAAGCAAGCAGAGAGGGAACGCUUGGAACGGGAACGUCUGGAGGCAGAGAGCAAGCUCGAACCCGGUGAACUGCCUGCGACGAGCCCGAAUCCAACACCGGCACCGGCUGAUCCAGUCGAAGACAAGUCUCAAGAUACCAAAGCACAGGAAUCCGGUAAAGCUGGAGAUGCAGUUGAUGACAAGGAGCUGCUUGAUUUAGAGGUCCGAACUACUAUUCUCGUUCCCUCGACGCAUCUCCCAUCUUCCAAACCUCCUGUCGGGGUCGGCGUCAAAGGUGGCCACUGCUAUCGGCUGUGGGGUGGUGGACUCGGCGGGAAUGGGGAUACCUUACCUUCACCGGAGGAAAGCGACGAGCCCUCACCACCUCCCAAGCGCCGUCGCAUCUACAGCGAUGACUCCAGUGUGCUAUCUGCAGCGGUGCAUUCAGGCUUCAUCAAAUGGUCUCACGUUGCGCGUGCCUGUCAAGAGGGACGGGAUGUUGCGAUUGAAGUGCGGAUGGUGCGAGUGCUGGGUAUCGGGAAGGAAGCCUUGGCCGAGGGAUGGCACGUUGGCGGAAGCGAGACCCCUCCCUCUUCUUCUUCCGCAGGACCCGCCAAAGACCUGGAAUCGAGUGUGGCGCCGGAAGAAGACACGGAUUCAGGGAAAUCCGCGAUAACUACCGUCGUAUCUGAAGUGGUCGGCCGCUUCGCUGGCGGUUGGGGAGCGCAAUGUUCUGUGGCCUGGGAGGACCUCAUCCAGGACGGUUCGUCUGGGAACACCAUGUUGUCAGAACAGCAGAACAGCAACAGUGUGGACGAUGGUCGCAGCAUCAUGAGUGCAGGUUGGGGUUCAGGACACGCGGGCAGUGCUUUCGAAGUGGUCAAGGUGUGGAUCGGAGAGAAAACCCGCGCUUAUGCGGGCUCUCAUACGCGCUCGCGGCAGAAUCGCAGGCAAAGAAUGGCAGAAUACACUGCGAGGAGAUCUGCGCUGGGGCUGGGAUCUCUCGGCGGACCCGCUGUCCACCCCAUGCACCGACAAACCACACCGCGAGUUUUCCCGUGUCCUCGCGAUCCUGCCGUCCUGGCCGGCAAGAAACGCAAGCGGGCGGCACCUUCGCCACCUACGACCAAGGCUGCGGGCGGCAAUGCAACCGUGCUAGACAUCAUCCACGAGUUGGAGGAGGGAUGCGACCGUAAAGAGGAUGAAGCAUGGCAGCGUGACGAUUGCACCUGCGCAGCUCUUGCUGGGAUCGACCGGGAUCUUAUGAAGGGAAGAACCAUCGUCUGUGCCUUCGGCGACAGGCGAAACGGAUUCAAAUACGACCCCGGCCUGCUGCGCGCAACGAUGUUCCCUCCCGCCCAGCUCGAGCCGGAAAAAAGCACGGACACCAAACAUGCGAACAAACGCCGGCGGCUGAGCGGGCUGGAGGAGGUCGCCUACGCGGCAGCGACCGCGAUGGAGGACGACGUGAAAAUGGAGUCGGAGGUUCCGGUCCCCCAGAGCGCGGAGCCGCAAGGGCCGAAAUCUCGCUCGUUGCGCCUCCAGACGGGCCAGGAGACCCUCGAGCUGCGGCCCGCAGCUGCCGACACAGGAACUAGCGCGCCCCGGUGGAAGGCCGUGCGGCUGCCGAGCGAAGACGUGGUCCAUGAUAAUCUUGGGGAAAGCGAUGUGCUGUUCGCAGACACCGGUAUCCGGAUGGGGUCUGCUGAAAUGGUGCCGGUGACGCUCUGGUGUUUUGCGUAGGUAGUCAAAGUCUGAAAUAGACAUGUUGUGUUUGUAAUCGAUUGCUCGCAUUAUCUUUGUGUUAUGCAAGCCCGUGUAAGUAAGUUGAC